ACACACUCAAUUUCUCCUCUCCACGUGAGUCAGGAAUAUUCAUUGAGCACUGCUACAGUCCUGUCGUACUUCCAAGACAACACGCCAGUCGUCCUAGGGCGACCGUGUGUAGUCACUCCUGAUGACCACGUACUUCGAUAUGAGCCUCCGCCUGCCUUCGAGCUUCACCCCACAAGCUAUUUCAGGACGAGGGAGCAAUGCCGACGCAAUUCUGUCGAGUGGCUUUUUUUCCCUGCUCGGGCGUUCGAGCCUACUGACAGGUUUCAAGCCACGCUAACUUCGAGUUCGAGCUCACGCACGCAUACUGUCACAGAUACUUCCGGCUCGGUUGAAGAUCGUUCUCGCUUCUGUCGAGACCGCCGUCGGUUCGAUAGUCUCUGCAUAGCACUCGCCAUGGCAGCGCCUGCGCCUGCUCCGUCUGUCGCCGCGGUAGGACCGACGGAGGCGUACGCGGUGGUGGGAAAUCAUUUCUGCGUGCCGUAUGAGACGGUGCUUAUAAUGAAGGAGAAGAUGUUUUCUUUGAGCGGGAAGGCGGAUAUUCGCGAUUCUCAGGGCAAUCUCAUGUUCAGGCUGCAAGGAAAUGCAUUCUCUGUCAGUAAGCAAAAGACCUUUUUCGACCCAAACGACAAGCCGGUGUGCACUCUGACUAGCAAGGUGUUUUCCCUCCACAACACCACCUACCUCUGCACGGGUGACAGCACGGACACCAACGGAGCCCUGCUUAUGGCCAAAAAAAUCAUUUUGUCCUUCACGCCAGUUCUCAAUGUUUUCCUGAAGGGUAACACGUCUGAUAACCCGGACAUUGUUCUACAAGGCUCUUUUAUCCAUCACCAGUUCGAUAUUUCCACAAGCAAGGGGGUUAAGCUGGCCCGAGUUGAAAGGGAACUUUUCUCAGCCCAGGAGCUUCUGGGCUCGCAAUCAUAUGCUAUUCGCAUCAUGCCCAAUGUAGAUAUGGCUCUCAUCUUGGGGCUUGUUACCAUGGCUGACGACAUUUUUGUCGAUGCAAAGCAUCACCACCACCAUCACCAUCACCAUGGGGUGAGGGUGGGGGUAGGUAUUUAGAUAUAGGUUCUUGUGUGCUCUACACAUCUACGGUACAUUGCACAUGGUUCAAUAAAAAUGGUGCUCUUCG